AUCCUCAUCCCAAAAACUAAACCGAAAAUGCGUCAGGUCCUCGCUGUAAUCUGGAAUUACAAUUCUACCCCCACCUUCCCCCGCGCUCUCUCUCUCUCUCCAAUUUCUGGGUUCUUCGUUUCUUAAAUUUCCGUACGAUUUUCCUCUGUUUUUCGUACUCUUUUUUCCCGUUCAUCCGUCCAAUUUUCGAAUUAGGGUUUGAACGAUUCACACAGAAUCUAGAGAGAGAUGGGUAGCCCAAAGAAGGAUCAGAACAAGGGCUUCUUCGCAGCCAUGAGUUCUGGCCUCUCCAUGUUCGGCAACGCCAUGCACCGAUCCGUCGUCGGGUUGCUUGGUUACGAAGGGGUGGAAGUCAUAAAUCCAGAGGGAGGCAAAGAAGAUGCAGAGGAGGAAGCUCAAAGAGGAAGAUGGAAGCAGGAGGAACGAGACAGUUACUGGAGGAUGAUGCAGAAGUAUAUAGGUUCAGAUAUUACAUCAAUGGUGACUCUUCCUGUACUUAUUUUUGAGCCAAUGACAAUGCUGCAGAAAAUGGCUGAGUUAAUGGAGUAUUCACACUUGCUAGAUCGCGCCGAUGAAUAUGAGGAUCCUUAUAUGCAGUUGGUGUUUGCCACAUCAUGGGCGAUAUCGGUCUACUAUGCCUACCAGCGGACUUGGAAGCCAUUCAAUCCUAUCCUUGGGGAGACUUAUGAAAUGGUUAAUCACUCAGGGGUUACAUUUGUUGCAGAGCAGGUGAGUCAUCAUCCACCAAUGAGUGCUGGGCAUGCAGAAAAUGAUCAUUUCACUUAUGAUGUGACAUCAAAACUGAAGACUAAAUUUUUAGGGAACUCUGUUGAUGUUUACCCUGUUGGAAGAACACGUGUGACUCUUAAAAGAAAUGGUGUAGUCUUAGAUUUAGUGCCACCUCCCACGAAGGUAAACAACUUGAUAUUUGGCCGGACGUGGGUUGAUUCACCAGGGGAGAUGAUUAUGACCAAUCUGACGACUGGGGACAAAGUUGUGCUAUAUUUUCAGCCAUGUGGCUGGUUUGGAGCUGGCCGCUAUGAAGUGGAUGGAUAUGUUUAUAAUGCUGCUGAGGAACCUCAGAUACUGAUGACUGGGAAAUGGAAUGAGUCAAUGAGUUAUCAACCAUGUGAUUUGGAAGGGGAACCCCUUCCAGGCACAGAAUUGAAAGAGGUUUGGCAUGUUGCUGAUGUUCCAAAGGACGACAAAUUUCAGUACACAUAUUUUGCACAUAAACUAAAUAGCUUUGACACCGCUCCUAAAAAGUUGUUGGCAUCAGACUCUCGUUUGCGGCCUGAUAGAUACGCACUUGAGAAGGGUGAUCUAUCCAAAUCUGGUGCAGAAAAAAGCAGAUUGGAGGAGAGGCAGAGAGCUGAAAAGAGAGAACGAGAAGCUAAGCAUGAUCAGUUUACACCAAAAUGGUUUGACUUGACUGAGGAAGUUACACCUACACCUUGGGGUGACUUGGAAGUCUAUCAAUAUAACAAUAAAUACACUGAACACCGAGCCGCAAUUGAUAGCUCUGACUCGAUUGAUGCAGUUGAUGUUACAUCAAUUGAAUUCAACCCAUGGCAGUAUGGUAACCUGUCUGCCGAAUGAGGUAUACCCACCUUCGUGUUAGCUUAUUGGAUUUUGCUGCUAGUUCUGGAACUUUUUCGCUUGUAGAAGCAGUCUGUCUUCUGUUGGCAUGUGUACAUUGUUGUAUCCCGUUCCAUAAUUCUUUUCCGGUUGAUCCUUGCUCUUCUUUGUUCCUUCCCCCUCUCCCCAAUUUUUUUCCUGUUUGUUACCAAGAUCUUGUAGUCUACAAAAGAGAGAAGCAAAGACAUGGAAAAGGUUACAUGGGUCUCUGGUAAAUGUUAUGAUAUCGCGGUGAUGCAUUGCCAGGUCUUCUGACGUGCGGUAGAAACAGCUAUGUGCACGGAGCAACAUCACUGCUCUGAGCCUCGAGAAAGAGUUGGUGUCAUGUCUUCUUACUGGGUGGUGGUUUCACCCUUCCCUUCUAGACAUGGACCAUGUUUCUUCUUCUUUCUUCAUUGAUGUAUAUCGCUUUACGGACACCCGAGUUGGGAUAAGAAAUACACUAGUUUACUGUACAAAAAUAUGAAUAUUUUUUUUUCCCUUUUGGUUUUGUUUCCCCUUCUCUUAGUUCUCUAUAUGCUCUUCUAAGGGGGUGAUGUAUGGUUACUUAAAAUUUGAAACCUUCGUUUUCAUGUUUUGUGAAAUAUGGAUCAUAGUGAAUAGAACAAAGGAAAAUAAUCCUUCAAUUUAGGACCAAUAUAAUCGAAUUCAUUUUGGUUGU